AUGGAUCUCGGCGAGCGCGUGGAGCAGGCGCUCGGAUCUCUACUUCCGCAAGCUCAGCCGGUGGAUCUAGCGGCGGCGCUGGCAGAUCACGGGGAUCCUUCUGCCUCCGCGAGCACGAAGGUGCCGGGCUCCGCCCAUCUGGAGCCUCCCCCGCCGAGGGCGGCAUCUAGGUCAAUUGACCACGGCGAAGAACAUACUCACCGGGGUGUUGGCUUCGGGGUGGUGUAUACCACUACCCCGGAACCUGCCCCGGUCAUAGGUGCGCCAAAUUCCCCGAACCUCCCUGCUCUGCAAUUUGGUUCGAUGGGUUGUACACCUAGUGGCCUGGCUCUGAAUUGGAAUUCUGCUAUACCUCCAUUUGAGUUCCCAAAAUUCGACGGUAGUGACCCCAAACUCUGGAUUUGGAAUUCUGAAACCUUCUUUGAUCUCUAUUCAGUGCCUGAGCAUCGAUGGGUCAAACUUGCCACCAUGAAUUUCAUUGGUUCUGCUUCCCUUUGGGUUCAGACCAUUCCUGCUUUCGCUCGUGAUUUAUCUUGGAAGGAGUUAGGUACAGCCAUUUGCAGUAAGUUUGAUCGGGAUGAGCACGAUCACUUACAUCGCAAAUUUUUCCACCUCAAACAAACUCAUACAGUCACAGAGUAUAUUGAAGCCUUUAGCGAUACUGUCCACCAGUUACUUGUUCAUAACCCCCAUUUAGAUCCUUCUUUCAUUACAAACCGUUUCAUCGAUGGUUUAUGUGAUGAUAUUAAGUCUGUAGUUUUGGUACAACGUCCCCACGACAUCGAUACUGCUAGUUCCAUUGCACUUUUGCAGGAGGAGGUAUUGACCGGGACGAGCAAGCAUGAAUUUCGCCAUAUGGAUAAUUCGUUUGGUGAGAAGGUGUCGAUUGAUGGUAGCAAGUCUUCUAUGCAGCCGUCUCCACCUUACACUAAGAGCACAUCCUCUAAUCGAGCAGACACUCGUCCACCAGAAGGGUCUGCUUCCAAGACCCCUGCUGAAGCCAUGGCGGACCUCAAGUCUUACCGCCGAGCCAAGGGUCUUUGCUUCAAAUGUGGUGAAAAAUGGGGCCCAGGUCACAAAUGCCCCAAGGCUAUAUCUCUCAAUGCCAUCAAAGAAAUAUGGAAAUUGUUUGAUGAUAAUAAUUCUGAGUACUCUACUGAAUGUCCAGCUGUUUACAGUGACUCUGGCGAUGAUUUGAUGCAUAUCACUGUACAGGCCAUCAGAGGCACCGAGCCUAGUAGAACGAUCAGAUUGCAGGGUUACAUAGCUGCUCAUAAGGCAUAUAUGUUGAUUGAUUCCGGCAGCACUCACUCGUUCAUCAGUGAACAGCUCGCUGCAUCUAUACCUGGUUGGACAGUUCUGCAUCAUCCCAUUCAAGUCAGAGUGGCUAAUGGCAGUAUCAUCAACUGUACCCAUCAAUUGAAGAAUCAAGUUUGGGGUGUCAGUGGGUACACUUUCAACACCACUUUCAAGAUCAUUCCACGUAACAGUUAUGAUAUUAUCUUGGGAAUGGAUUGGCUUCAGCAAAACAACCCAAUGCAAGUUCACUGGCAGGAUAAGUGGCUACAAUUUUCUCAUGUUCACCAGCUUCAAGCAUUGAUCAAGGACAAUUCUGUCCUCUAUCAAGUACAAGUGAAUCUCAACACUGAUCCUGCACCCGAUAUGCCUGUGUUACCUGGUGAAAUUUAG